UCUGCAGUUUCUGCAUCCUCCAUGUGUUUCUGUACUGUUUGAGUAAUCGCGGCAUCAGGGUAGCAGCAGUGUCAGUGGUGUAGUACUGUACAUACCUGUUGCAAAGUGUUUUGAAAUUUUCAAACAAACUGGUUAUGAAGAUCGCUGUUGAAGGUUGUGCGCACGGCGAACUUGACAAAAUUUAUGAAACUAUAAAAGGCUUAGAAAGCCAGUACCAUUUCACAGUAGACUUGCUGAUCAUCUGUGGCGACUUUCAAGCAGUUCGAAAUGCUUCUGAUAUGGACUGCAUGGCGGUUCCUAGAAAAUAUCAAGAGAUGAAAGAUUUCCAUAAGUACUACUCAGGGGAGAAGAAAGCGCCACUUUUGACCAUUGUAAUUGGUGGAAACCAUGAAGCUUCCAACUAUCUGGCUGAGCUGGCAUACGGCGGUUGGCUUUGCGAAAACAUCUAUUAUAUGGGUUAUGCAAGUGUUGUCAGUGUCAAUGGCAUAAGGAUAGCUGGCAUCUCAGGAAUAUACAAGGGCCAUGACUACCUGAAAGGCCACUUUGAGGUCCCACCUUACAACGAUUCCACGAAACGAAGUGCCUACCAUUUGCGAAACCUUGAGAUCUUCAGAUUGAAACAGCUGGCGGAGCCCAUUGACAUAGUGAUUUCACAUGACUGGCCACGUGGAAUUUACAACCAUGGAAACAAGGCAAGGUUGUUGCAGCAAAAAAAGUUCUUUGUUACAGAAGUUGAGAGCAAUAGCUUAGGCUGUCGUCCAACUGAGGGCUUGCUAGAACAGCUGAAGCCAAAGUACUGGUUUGCUGCACAUCUUCAUUGCAAGUUUGCUGCGGUGGUCAGUCAUGAGGAUGGAACAUGUACGAAGUUCUUGGCACUGGACAAAUGUUUGCCCAAGCGAGACUUCCUUCAAACUUUAGACAUACCAACAUCAACUGACGAGCCUCCAAAGCUAAGCUAUGACUUAGAGUGGCUGUGUGUACUACAGUUAACUGACCAUUUACUCAGGAUUGAUUCAAAGAACCACUACAUGCCUGGGCCAGGAUGUGAUCAACGGUGGCAAUUCACACCUACAAAGGAAGAGAAAGAAAAACUUGCAGCGACGUGUGGCAAUGAUUUGCUGGUGCCUCUUAAUUUUCAGCAUACUGCUCCUGUGUAUAUGCCAGGAUCUGAACGUAGCCCUGGCCGAGUGAAGCCCCAUAUCAAUCCCCAGACCGAGAGCUUCUGCAAACGAUUUGAACUUCGAGAUCCACUAGCCGAAGCUCUUGAUCCUCGGCAGCAAUCAUCGCCACUGGAUAUUUCAGGCUUUUUGGGAACGGAAGAUGUGACCAAUACUACCAUGUCAUCACUCAAUGAAUCUGAGAACUUAGGCCAGCAACAAAGCCCAGAAACAGAUUUAGAUGAUGAGCCAGUGCCUUUACACGAGAUGAGUGCUGAAGAAAGGCAAAAGAUGCAUACAUUAGAAUUUGGAAGCCUAGUCUGCACAGCAGAAGACAAGAAAGAGCUCUUUCCAGAGUUGAUAGAAAAGACUGAAGAUGCCAUACUAAAGUCUGCACCAUCCUCUUCUGGGAGAGUAAUGAAAAGAAGAAACCAGUCUUUGUACACAGAAAGUGAAGAAACAGACAGUUGAACAGCUUGCAUUUCUGUCAUUAAAUCAACAACCAACCACCUUAGAACAAAUCAAAAUUGUUGGUGUUUCCAAGUUCCUGACUUUAACUGACUUCUGCAAAAAGUUAGAAUGGCCAUAUCGCGUCCAUGAGCUCUAAUAUCAAAAACGUCUUGCACAACUAAAACCUGAUCAGCACUUACAAACUGUGAAUACUGCAGUAAAAGAACAGUGCAGAACAUAUCACAGCCUGCUUGCCUGCUUCACUAGCAUACGUCAACUUUGCAGUCUGUCAACCCAUUAACUGUAAACUUCAGGAAUUGGCUAAACUUAUUGUGACACACUGGAACAAAAACCUACAGGUCGGCAGACUUGUGCAACCUUGCAAAAUCAUAAACCAGCAAAGCAGGAUCUUCUGAAACAAAGGUUUUGGUGCCCAGUGUAUCCCUUAUUGUAGCAUUGGUGCUGCUUCCCACCAGACUCAUUUCUUGUUCUUGUGGAAAUUUUUUACAGCCCCCUUGCACCAUCCUCCUGCCUCUUUGUGCAACGCUAAAUCAUAGCUGUGACACCCAGAUUGUAAGAGAGUAUUGUAAGCAGUUGUGGAUGCACAACUGCUUACAGUACUCUUAAAUGAACACUUCAGAACUUAAUUUCAGUGGUUGAUUCUAACUGUGGAGAGUCUCCAGUGCAUGCAUACAAAGUUUAAAGCAGAAAUGCCCAGCCAUUUGCCUACAGCAACAAUUCCAAAACUUGUAUCACUGCUCAAAUGGAUAUUCCUUGACGGCAAUGGAAAUUUUCAAAAGUGCCCCCAAUGCACCUACAAUUUCGAAAUUUCUUCAGCACCUUCCUCCCAACAAACGCUCUAAUUCUUAGUGUUUUAUCUCAAUAUGCCAACACUUUGCAGAGGGUGGACACUUUUGUCCCUCAGCAACCAUCAAGAACAACCCCAAUCAGCACAUAUUUGAUAUGAAGAACCCCAAAAGCUGAACUGCCACAGUUCAGUUGUGAAACUGUGAAAUUUAUCUGGCAUGUUUAUUUAGAGAGACUUUAUUCCUACCUAGUUUCAUUUUAGCAUGUGUGAUAGUUCUGACAACAUGCACUGUUGAAAACCCCAUAGGGCCUCCAUAGUGCAUUAAACAAAACUUUGUUGAUUUCCCACACCUCCACUAACUCUUCGUAUCUUCGCCCACACACCAAGCUUGACAUUCUCAACAUUCCCUCCAUGUUUCAUUGCACUAGUUCCAUUAGUUCACUGAAUUCCAGUCGACAUAUUGUGUGAACAUUCUCCACCACACACAAUUGUACUAAUAGUCUUGCAGUAAAUUCGAGCAUGUUCCAAUUAGCUGUGCUGGUCCUUAGUAAAACUGGCAUUAAAUGCAAGUCUUAUAUGAAGGGUGCACUAAAUGAUCAACCGUUGCUUGAGAAAUAUCUUUCAAUAAAUAUGUUGCCUUGAAUAAAAAAUUUGGUAAAAUA